AUCAUAAUUGAAGAAAAUGACAAAUAUUAAUCAGUCCCAUUUAGAGCAUCUAUCUAGCGUGCUUUGAAAGAUACACACGCGUUCUUUGUUCUAUAAUUAAAAAGAUAGCAAGUUAUGAUUCGGUUAAAUGUUCUGUUGCUUGUUUUGUGUCUGAUUUACCCUCUCGUGAACGGGGUAGGUUUUCGUGGAUUUACUUUUCAAGGUUUGGAAGAGCCGGAGCCAUUAAAAAAAAAUGCGGACGUAAUUGAGGGUUGGAUCACCCAACCCCUCGAUCAUUUCAAUUAUCGCGACAAUCGCACCUGGUCAAUGCGUUACCGAGAAAAUUCCGCAUUUCUGAGGAAAAAUAGUUCUAUUCUAGUUAUGAUCGGUGGAGAAUGGGAGAUAUCGGACGGAUUUCUGCAAGGUGGACUGAUGUACGAGAUCGGAUCGAAAUACAACGCAUUGAUGUAUUACACCGAGCAUCGAUAUUAUGGGAAAAGCAUGCCAACAGAAGACAUCAGCACAGAGAGCUUGCAAUAUUUGAACGUCGACCAGGCACUCGCCGAUCUCGCUUAUUUCAUCGAAACGAAAAAGAAGGAGAAGAAUUUAGGAAAUAGUACUGUGAUAGUAUUUGGCGGUUCUUAUGCUGGAAACAUGGCGGCAUGGGCACGGCUUAAAUAUCCUCAUCUUAUCCAGGGUGCUCUAGCCAGUAGCGCUCCAGUUUAUGCAAAGGCUGAUUUCUAUGAAUACUAUGAAGUCGUGACGAAAUCACUCGGAAAAUACAGUGAAAAGUGCGUUGAGGACGUAAAAACGGCAUUUGACUCGGUGGAGGAAUUAUUAACCACACAAGAUGGCCCUGACAAGCUUAAACUUUAUUUCAACUUGUGCAAUGUGCCUAAUGUAAAAUCCCCUAGUGAUCUUGGCUACUUGAUGAAUACACUGGCGGAGGUGUUCGCCGCAACCGUUCAAUAUGAUAAUGUCGUGAAUGGUCAAACCAAAAUUGCGGCAUUAUGCAACAUAAUGACAGCGGCGCAUUUAGGCAGUCCUUUGCAAAGACUCGCGCAUGUUGUUUCGACACCGGAUGUGUGUCUCGAUGUAAAUUAUAAUAAUUUUGUGGAAAAAUAUCAGAAUAUUUCGUGGGACUCAUCGGUGAUCCAGAGUGCCAUGAGGCAAUGGUACCACCAAACUUGCACGGAAUACGGUUACUAUCAGACGACGAGCUCAGAUAAAUCGAUCUUUGGAACGCUGUUCCCGUUGAAUUAUUACAUUGAUAUGUGUACAGAUUUAUACGGUGAUUACUCUAAUGAUAAAAUAUUGGACUCACGGGUCAGAAGAACGAACAUAAUGUACGGAGGGCAAUUACCUGAUUUAACAAACGUCAUUUUCUCGAACGGCGAUAUCGAUCCGUGGCAUUCGUUAUCGGUAUUGAAGGAUUUAAAUACUUUGUCUCCCGCUAUCGUUAUCAAAGGAUCUUCGCAUUGUCGCGAUAUGUAUAGCGACGAAGACACGGACUUGGAGGAUUUGAAGAAGGCCAGGGUGAGGAUUCGUGACAUAAUUAGCAAAUGGAUUUCUUUAUGAAUGUUUUCGUCGAAUUUUUUACUAUUUCUUAGAUUGGAAAUUGAAUAAUGGAAUCAUAUUUAUUUUUUAUGCAUUCACACACACAUUGUGAUGUG